AUGUUGGAACUUUUAGCAUCAUAUAAUGAACAAGUAGGUGCUCUUGUUUUGGAUAAUGCUCCACAAAAUGCUAAAUACACCUCGCAUCAAAUUCAAAAGGAAAUUUUGCAUGUCUUUGCUAGAAAUGUUCAGUCUUCAAUUCGUCAUGAGAUUGGUGAUGCAAGAUUUUGCUUAAUUGUUGAUGAAGCUCGAGAUGAAUCCAGAAGAGAGCAAAUGGCCCUUGUUAUUAGGUUUGUUGAUAGAAGCGGAUUUAUACGAGAACGAUUUUUGGAUAUAGUUCAUGUCAAAGACACAACUGCUUCAACUCUUAAGAAAGAGAUUUCCUUUGUUUUAUCUCAUCACAAUCUUGAUGUUCAAAAUAUUAGGGGCCAAGGGUAUGAUGGUGCUAGUAAUAUGCGUGGAGAGUGGAAUGGAUUGCAAGCUUUAUUCAUUAAUGAUUGCCCUUAUGCAUAUUAUGUACAUUGCUUAGCUCAUCAAUUACAAAUGGCUCUUAUUGCUGCAGCUAGAGAAAUAUCUGAUGUUCACACUUUUUUUCAGAACUUGAUUUUUAUUAUUAACAUUGUUAGUGCUUCUUGCAAGCGUAAUGAUGAAUUACGGGCUUUUCAAGCAACUACAAUUGAACAUUUAGUUGAUAUUGGUGAGAUUGAAACGGGUAAAGGAGUUAAUCAAGUAGGUGGUUUGCAACGACCUGGAGAUAACAGAUGGAGUUCGCACUUCAAAUCCAUUUGCAGUUUGAUAAAAAUGUAUGGGGCAACUUGUUUGGUUCUUGAAAACAUCGCUUUAGAUGGAUCUACUUAUGCUCAACGUGGUGAUGCGGCUUUUUCAUUUAAGUUGCUAAUGUCAUUUGAUUUUGCAUUCAUCUUGCAUAUAAUGAAGAAUGUUAUGGGAAUUACUGAUGUGCUUUGCCAAGCUUUGCAACAGAAAUCUCAAGACAUUUUAAAUGCUAUGCAUUUGGUGACUACCACAAAGACUUUAAUUCAGAAGUUAAGAGAUGAUGGCUGGGAAACUCUUUUAGAAGAAGUAACAUCAUUUUGUAAGCAUCAAGACAUUGAAGUUCCUGAUAUGGAUGCUUGUUUUUCUAGUGUGGGACGAUCUCGCCGUAAAACAAAAUCAAUAACAGUUGAGCAUCACUACCGAGUUGAUAUAUUUACAGCUAUCAUUGAUCAACAGUUGCAAGAGCUAAAUAAUAGAUUCAAUGAGCAGACGAUUGAGCUUCUUAAGUUGAGCGCAGCUUUAGAUCCUAAAAAUAACUAUAAAUUAUUCAGUGUUGAAGAUAUAUGCUUACUUGUUGACAAGUUCUAUCCUGAAGACUUUUCUGACCAAGAAAAAACUCAUUUGAGAUUUCAGUUGCAGCAUUAUGAGCUUGAUGUGCCCAAUCAUCCAAAGUUAAAGAAUAUGUCAUCGAUUGCUGAUUUAUGUCAAGGAUUGGUUGAAACAGAAAAAGCAACAAUUUAUCCGCUCAUUGAUAGGUUGAUUCGGCUUAUUUUGACUCUUCCUGUUUCGACAGCAACAACUGAACGAGCUUUUUCAGCGAUGAAGAUUGUAUGA